GGGAUCGGGCGGAGUCCCCAGGGCUGGCACGUGUGAUUCGCCGGGCUCCCCAGGUCGUGGGGUCGGGCCGGUGUCACACCUCGUCACCCCCUCACCACUGGGCUGCGAGCUGGUCAGAGGGUUUUCCGCGACCCUGAGCGGCGUACGCCAUAGCCCAGAGGCCGCGCCGCGCCGCGAUCGGGUAGACCGGGAGUCGCGCGAACCGGUGCCAACGGCCAGUGUGUGCCCGGACGGGGGCGGCGCCGGCGGCGGCGCGCCGCCCCUCCGAGGGUGGUGUGCCAGCCGCCGCCGCCUCUGAGCUCAGACGAGCGUCAAGAACAUUGGACUGUGACGGCCAUCUGCCGGUGCCUAGUCGUCCAGCAGCGGCGGCGGCGGCGACUGCUUUUUGUCGGUCCGAGCGGCCGGAAGCGACGCGCACCUGAGGACAAUGACCCACGGUCGGGUCACGAAAGCCGGGUGCGUCCCAGAGUCGCCGAGCGAAGCCAGGGCGCAGGCCAGCUCGGACGCCGCCGACCCCUGCAUGCUGAUGUGAAGAUGAUGCAGCAACAGCAGAUGCUGGGCUGGGCCCUGCUCAGUCUCGUGGCUUCCACUCUGGUGAUGCCCGUGUACGCUCAGUCGCAGCGGGACUACUACGAGCCGCGGCUGCAGCGCAAGUUUGUCAACAAACCCAACCACAUCAAGAAACAGGGAUACUACGCCGGUCCGGACGUACCCGGCAUCGAAAAGGUUGACCUCGGUUACGAGUACGGCCCCGGCCCCGGACCGAUCGGCCCGCCACAGGAGAGCGGCGGCGGCUGGGGCAAGACCAUCAACAUGAUGCUGCAGUUCGUCAUGGGGGUCGCCAAGGCCUUCAGCAGCGGCACGCAGAUCGAGAAGGUCGACAACGGGGAGGCGGGCAGCUUCUCCUGGGCGAAGGUGAUCAGCAUCGGCAUGCAGGUGAUCCUGAACAUGCUGGGCAGCGGCGCCGACCCGCAGCUGGAGAAGAACGACAACCCGACCCGCAACGCCGUCCAGGGUGUUCUGGCGACGGUGCUCGGCCUGGCGAUGGGUCAGGAUGACCCCGAGUCGGUCCAGGUCAUGGCAAAGCAGGCGACUCAGCUGAUCAGCGUGGUCAUGGACCUGACGGAGGUGUUGAAGACCUCCUUCAGCGAGCGCUCGCUGCACGCGCGGUCUCUGGGAGAGACCGACUACACUGCGGACGCUGGCAUCACCGCCAUCACCAUGCUGGAGGGUGUGGCGCGGCAGGCCCUGGUCGGUGAUGACAUCUGCGGUCUCAAGUCGAUGUGCAUGGCCAGCAAAGAGUGCCUGGCCAAGACCGAGGACGGCGGCAUGUUCUGCAAGAUCGGAUCGUACGCGGCGGCCUACAUGAUGCCGACCGGUCUCGACAUGGACACCAUCGGAGAGGCUGCCAGGAUGGGCCGCAACGGACAGAACUGCGACCUCCUGUACCAGUGCAACCUCAUCUAAGCUGCUGCGCCGCCAGCGACAUCUGUAGGAGAGAAAACAAACUACCUGCGCGACAUCUGCACCAAUGCUACCGACAGUGCGGCUACGCCUCAGCAGAAACGCGUUUCUUCAUCUGUGGUACAAGUCGCCAAGGGCGAACACCCAGCUCAGCAGCUCAAAUGCUUCGUUCGAGAGCCCCACAUCAGAGUAAUACUGUAAUGAGAUAUGAGAAUGGGGCACGAAACAUUGCGUAGAGCCGUUCAUUUCGGUUCUCAAGAGUAUCUAGAGUUCUUGAAUAUUUAGAGAAAUGGUGUGGUUUGGGUACGGUGCAAUAUGGCUAAUGUGUCCUUCACCCUGCCAUUACCUUUUCGCCUUUUCGGUGUCUAGUUUCUGUUGGAACGGAUUUUUAUUUGUUUCCUCAGACGCUACUCUCAAAUUGAAAUGGAUAUUGGCUACCUAUAUGAUGGCUACGGAGCUUUAACUGCAUUUACCUUGGCAUAGGCAUGUAGCUUUUCAUCUUGCCUAUUUCAUUUGUAUCAUACCUGUCUGCUGGUUGCUACCAAGUUGAAUUUCUGCCUACCAAUAUUUCCAUUUAUUUAUCUCAAUUUCACUUCCCGUCGUAAAGGCACGCCCCUAUUUUGCUACAUUCCUAAAGACAAGCUCAUAUUUAAUCUUUUAAAACUCAUUUGGUAGAUAGUCCCUUGUCUCCCACGAAAUGACCUAUCCUACUAUCGACGCAGAAGCAGUGCCUUCCGUGAGUCUCGACUGUUGAUGGACCUCGAGCUCCACCUAUUUCGUUGUUGUCGUCGUUUUGAAUAGGUGGCGCCCGACGUCCAAGUGCCGGCCGUGUCACAGAUACGGAUCUGUGGGUCGGUGACCGGUGCCUUGUAGUUGUGGCGCUGCUGUUUGCUAUUGUCGGGCUCCGUCUCGCCUCUAGGUGAUGUACAGUUACCACUCAGGAGUUGUGGGCGCGCCGCCAACCCUGCUACGUGCCGGGCCGUCGCCGCACUAAAGCUUCUGCUCGUACCCGAGAGAUGUUGCGCAUGACGGACCCAGGCCGAGCCGGGCUACACUCGCUGAUCGCCGGCUUUUGUUUGUCCGUUGCUUAUUAUUUAUGAUGUGCUUGUGUGUAUGCAAGUUUGUGUGUAUGUGAACGUGUAUUGUUAUUUUUUGUCGUUGAUAGAAGGCUGUACAUAUUCAUUGACCUGUGUUUCGGCAUCAGCACCUUGACCAUGCGUAGGACUACCGCAGCCGAACAGACUGAAACAUUCAGUGGUUUUCUAAUACCGACCAGCACAGGUAAUAAUUGUGAUGUUGGCACAAUGUGGGCACUUUACUUAAUAUAAUAGUACAAUAAUUAA